UCUCUAUCAUUUUAUCAGGUUAUCAAUAAAUCGAACAUGUUUUAUUUGUUGUAGGUACUUAAUUUAAAAAACAAUACUUAAUUUAAAGCCCAAAAAUUCGAUGAGAUCAACUUGGCUUACUUCAUUAUAAUGCCUUAGUCCAUUUAAUUUAAAAUUCUUAAAAUAGAAAGAAGUAAACAAUAGAGCCAAUUUCAAAAUGAAACUAUUUAUUAGUUUAGCUAUCGCACUAUUUUUGUGCGAACAUUCAUCCCUCGUAUCCUGUAGUAUAGGAGACAGGUCUAUGGUAUACAGGAAUUGCUUGAAUCGAUUUGAAAGAGAAAACUGUACUGACAAUGGUGUGUUAUUUAAAAGCAAUACCCAAUAUAAGCAGGACUAUUGGAGUAAGGUGUUACAAUGGUCCUGCAGGGAUGAGUGUCGCUACCAGUGUAUGUGGGUCACUGUGGAUGUCUUCCAUAAUAAUGGAGAUGAUACUCCCAAGUUUCAUGGCAAGUGGCCUUUCAUAAGGAUGUUUGGUAUGCAAGAACCAGCAUCAGCCUUUGCAUCCAUACUGAACUUAGCAGCCAAUGCAUAUAUGUUCAAGCAAUUACAGCAAUUGCGCAUCUCAAAAGCUAAUCUCAAACCUUUUGUUAUAUUCUGGAAGAUGUUUGCAAUGGUGUGCAUGAAUGCGUGGGUGUGGUCUACAAUAUUCCACAUGAGAGACACGGAUUUUACGGAGUUCAUGGACUAUGCGUGUGCGCUCUCUAUGGUCAUGGGGCUGUUAGUCGCUGCGAUCGUGAGGUAA